AUGAACACCUCAAUGAACGAGUCGGACUGCCCAGAGUUGAGUUUUCCUGUCUCUGUCUUCUUCACCAUCGGGGUAUUCAGUCUGAUGGAGAAUCUCUUGGUUGUAGUGGCUGUCAUAUACAACAGAAACCUCCACUCGCCUAUGUACUGCUUCAUGUGCAGCCUGGCAGGCUUCAACACCGUAGCCAGCCUCACUAAAAUGUGUGAGAACGUCCUGCUUGUUUUUGCAGAUAAGGGGCAACUGGAGAAGGAAGGUUUCUCUGAGACAAAGCUUGAUGAUGUGAUCGACUCGCUGCUCUGUAUGUCCUUUAUGGGUUCAAUUUUCAGUUUCCUGGCCAUUGCUGUUGACCGAUACGUCUCAAUAUUUCAUGCACUUAGAUACCACAACAUUAUGACAAUGCGACGCACAGGGACCAGUUUAGGCAUCAUCUGGACAACAUGUGGGGUGUCAGCUAUGCUCAUGGUGAGGUUCUUCGACUCCAAGUUCAUCAUGAUCUGCUUUGUUGCCCUAUUUCUUAUCUGCUUUGCCGUUAUCUGCUUCCUCUAUGUUUAUAUGUUCAUGCUGGCACGUAUUCACGCCAGGAAGAUUGAUGCUCUGAACUCAGGUGGCAGUGAAAAAUGUCGCCCGAGGUGGUGGGGUCGCAGUAUGAGAGGAGCCUUAACACUUACUAUCCUAUUUGGAGCAUUUGUUGUGUGUUGGGCACCAUUUUUCCUCCACCUCAUUAUCAUAGCAUUGUGCUUGACUGACCCAUAUUGUGAGUGCUAUCGAUCAUUCUUCCAGCUCCACGUACUGCUACUUAUGAGCCACGCCCUUAUUGACCCUGCUAUCUACGCCUUCCGCAGCGCCGAGCUCAGGCACACGUUCAGAAAAAUGCUUAUUUGUUCAUAA